CUUUCAUUUGCACUCUCUUCCAUCACCCACAAAAGGGUUUUUUUUUUGGCCUUGGGCACCCAAAGUCUCAACCUUAAACCAAAAACAAAGUCUGUGAUCACUAAUAUAAACCUAAUUAUCAAUCCCAUGGCAGAAUUCAAGAGAAAGUUCAACAAAGGUCAUGCCUUUACAAGCAAAUGUGUUUCCUUGGUGAAGGAACAACGAGCUCGUCUCUAUAUUCUCCGCCGUUGCGCAACCAUGCUUUGCUGCUGGUACAUCCAUGGCGAUGAAUAGAGAGAGCCCAUUGAGUUCUUCUUUCAAAUUAACCUCUACAUAUCACUAUAUAUAUUUAUAUAUAUCCUUCCUCUCCAUCUCUUCUUCUUGAGGCUCCAUUGGAUGUUGAAGCUCUCUCUGUUGGUGUUGGUGCUGGACUCUCUUUAGUGGCUGCAUGCAUGGCUUGAU